AUGACGACGAUAAAUGUUGAAAUUUCGGAUAAUUUAAAAAGGAUUGACCAAUGGGAUUGGCCACUCAAUAAGAAUGACGGCAAAGUAAAAGUCGUUAACACAGCUGAAAAAUUUGAAGUCGUUCUCGAAGCCGUGUAUUUUCAACCGAACGAUAUCGAAGUUAAAGUAAUCGGUGAUCAGUUAGUUGUCCGAUGCUUCAGAGAACCAAAAGAAGGAGAAAUCGGUGAAAUUAGACGAGAAAUUAGUCGAAGCUACAAUCUGCCCUCAGACAUAGAAAUUCAAACAUUAAAAUCGAGACUUACAACCAAAGGUCAUCUUGUUAUUACAGCCGACAAGAAAAAAUAA